GAAUAAAAUUUGGUUUAAAAUUCCAAAAUUCUCUCAAAUCUUUAAUAUAUAUUUUCCAAUAACAAAAGAUAUAUAUCUCCUCAAAUUUUCUAGGGAAUACAGUAUUUGUGUGUUUGAGACAGAUUUUUGCAGAUUCUCUCGUUCUGCAUUCUCUGUUCUUCUUCUGAUGUAUCCAUCAAUCGAAGACGAUGAUGAUCUUCUCGCUGCUCUUUGUUUUGAUCAAAGGUUUGAUUUUUAUUGUUGAAUUGUGUUGUAUUGUGCCUUUUGUUAUUUGGGUUUCUUAACAAUUCCAAAUUUCAAUCCAAUUUUAGCAAAAGUUUCGAUUUUGAAUAUGAAAAGUUUUUCUAGCGGUCGUUAUUGUUGUUGAUGGAGAUUGUUGUUACCUUGAUUCUGUAGCAAUGGAGUAGAAGAUCCUUAUGGAUAUAUGCAAACAAAUGAAGAUAACAUAUUUCAGGAUUUUGGGUCUUGUGGUGUGAAUCUGAUGCAGCCACAACAAGAACAAUUUGAUUCUUUUAAUGGAAAUCUUGAGCAAGUUUGUAGUAGCUUUAGAGGAGGAAACAAUGGAGUUGUUUAUAGUAGUAGCAUUGGAUCAGCACAAUUGGAUUUGGCUGCAUCGUUUAGUGGAGUUUUGCAGCAAGAGACACAUCAAGUCUGUGGCUUUAGAGGACAAAACGACGAUUCUGCAGUGCCUCAUUUGCAGCAGCAACAAGGACAGGUGUUUAGUGGUGUAGUGGAAAUCAAUUCUUCGUCAUCUGUUGGAGCUGUUAAGGAAGAGUUUGAGGAAGAAUGUUCGGGGAAGAGGAGACGAACUGGAUCAUGUAGCAAGCCAGGAACCAAAGCCUGUCGCGAGAAACUAAGAAGGGAAAAGCUAAAUGACAAGUUCAUGGACUUGAGCUCUGUUUUAGAGCCUGGCAGGACUCCAAAGACGGAUAAAUCAGCUAUACUCGACGAUGCAAUCCGGGUUGUGAAUCAGCUUAGAGGUGAAGCUCAUGAGCUUCAAGAAACCAACCAAAAGCUUCUAGAAGAGAUCAAGAGUCUAAAGGCGGAUAAAAACGAGCUACGAGAGGAAAAGCUGGUGUUGAAGGCGGAGAAGGAGAAGAUGGAGCAACAGUUAAAAUCUAUGGUGGUUCCAUCACCAGGUUUCAUGCCCUCCCAGCAUCCAGCAGCUUUCCAUUCCCAUAAGAUGGCGGUGGCUUACCCUUACGGCUACUAUCCUCCAAACAUGCCAAUGUGGUCACCCUUACCUCCUGCUGACCGUGAUACGUCUCGUGAUCUCAAAAAUCUUCCUCCUGUUGCUUAAUCUUCUUCAUGUUGAUUCAUCAUUGAUCAUUGUUAUCAAUCCCUUAGGAAUUUUUGUUCCUUCAGAUGAUUCUUUAAUCAGUAGUUUUGCAGUAACCAUUUGGAGAUUAGAGAAUUUUAUGAUUUGAAUAAAAUGUCAGUUUCCUGGUGGAAAUAGAUUAAUUCGAAAAUGUAUGACACCAGAUGUAGAAGAAAUAAAAAAAUGAAGGAGUAUUUUGU